AUGGUUAGGUGGUACUUGGAUGAUGAUGAUGAGGAUGAUGAUUAUGAGGAAGAGCAUGAAGUUGAUAUGCUUAAGCCAGAGAGAUUGCUUCAUAGAACAGAUCGAGGUGCUGGAUGGAAUCAUGUUCAGCAGCUUAUGCACGGGUCAGAUCAACAGUGCUAUGAUAUUCUUCGCAUGAAUCAGAGGACAUUUCAAGAUCUGUGUAAAAUGUUAGCAACGAGAUAUGGGUUACAAGAGACGCAAAAUGUCUAUAUUGAAGAAGCGGUUGCAAUGUUCCUUGAAGUGGUGGGUCAAGAUAAGACAGUACGGGUUAUUGCACAAAGAUAUCAGCGUUCGUUGGAUACAGUCAAAAGGAAACUUGGUGAGGUUUUAAGUGCUCUCUUGAAAUUUGCUGCAGAUGCACUAAAACCAGAAGAUGGUGAGUUCACAAGAGUAUGUCCUGCUUUGAGAAAUGAUGAUCGAUACUGGCCAUUUUUUAAAGACUGUAUUGGAGCAUUGGAUGGAACUCAUAUCUCAGUCCGUCCUCCUAAGCGAAAUGCAGAAGCAUACAGAGGCAGAAAACAGGAGCCAACCAUGAAUGUCCUUGCUAUAUGUAACUUUGAUAUGAAGUUCAUAUAUGCUUAUGUGGGUGUGCCGGGUAGAGCUCAUGACACAAAGGUAUUAACUUAUUGUGCGAGGAAUGAGCCUUUUAUUAAAAUUAAUUAA